AUGUAUGCUCCGUCUAUGCGGCUCGGUGCGGCGGCGCAGUGCCGGCGCCGGCGCCGCGCCGGCGUCUCCUCCGUCCGCGCGCGACGUGAGCCCGGCGCGGCGCGGCCGCAGCUACGUAACGUAAUCCCGCAACUGCACUUCCUGAAGGUGGCGCAAGCGCGAAUUGGAAAGGGAAUGGUGGUACUGGAGGUAGGUAUUAGACGAGGGGCAUCCGUCGUUGACCCGAUCCGCGUGGUCCGUGACGACCGUGACAUACCAGUCACUGAUUUAGAUGAAUCAAAAGGAAAAAAGCAUAGCCUAGAUAUUUCUGUUGGGCGCAUCACUACUACCAGUCCUACCACGCCACUCCAGCCUAUUCCUCGCUAUCCGCUGACAGUCGCCUGGGCCCCCUCUACAUUAUGCUUCAAUCUGAAUGAGGAAAAAGUCGUUAAACAAUUGACGGUACGCAACAGUAACGCACAUUCGAUCUUUGUCCAAUGUCGCGGGCUAUGGGACAGCAGUGCUAGGCUGGGUGCGAGUUGGAGGUGCUACCCCCGCAGGAGGUUCCUGCUGGCCCCGGGCGUGGCGGCCGCGCUCGCCGUGAGCGCCGCGCCGCGCCCGUGCACAUCCCCGCUCGCGUCUGCGCAGCUGGCUCUGCAACUGGUGGCGGCGCACAUGCGGGACAAUAUUGCUGGAUAUUUCAUGAUACCGAUUCAUGUUCAUUUUAAUAAUUAUACACCCCUAUAUUGCAUAGGGGAAUAA